AUGUAGGAAAUCAUGUAAUGUUGGCUAAUAUAUUAGGCAAAUAAUGUUGAUUUUGGAACAUUUAGACAAUUUAGUUCUGAAGGUUACAUUAAGUUCAAAAAUUAUGCAUCAAAAUUUUCAGGCAAUAUUGCAACUUCAGUAUUUAAUUAUGAACCUGACGAUAGAAUUGAGAACAAGAUAACUGGAGUAUUGAUCAAUAAUCCAUUCUAUAUAGCUUUAAUGUGGAGAGCAAAAAGGGAAGACACAAUGUGUAAAAUUCCGACUGUAUUUAUCUAAAUUUUAUCAUUGUAAUCUAUCCCUAUGGAUGAAUUAUGGGUUAUGUCUUUCUAUCAUCAAUUACAAUCAAAUUUUUAUGCUUUAUUUUUUAUACUAGAAGUUCUGAUUAAUGACUUUUUUAUUCCAGCUAUUGAGUGCAGCUUCAAUCGAUUAAUUCUACUAAUCAAUGUGGUAUUUGGAUUAAAUAUCAAAUUAAAUGCUAUUGGAGUAUCCUAAAUCCUUCUCAAUUAUGUCAAAAGUAAAAUUAUUACAUCUAAGAGAGAGAUGCACUUUCAAAAUUAAUAGAAAAGAAUGAAUUUCUCUAAUUAUUCUGGUUUAAAAAAAAGAAAAGGUUAGCUUAGUUUAGGUUAGUGCUUGCUUCUAUAAAAAGUGUUUUAGAAAUUGAUUAAGCAUAAAGAUUUUUUUGUAUGNUUUCAAAAAAAGAACAAAACCUGUCAAUAUCUUUAGAGACUUCAUCUUCCAUAGAGUUGCUCUUCUAUCAAUGAUGAUUACAAUGACCAUUAAACUAUUCCUUAACUCUUUAUAUAAGGGUUUUAUAACAUAGAAAAAGGAUCAUGGGAUGGGAUUAAUAUAAUUGUUUUUUUGUUAAUAACAAGUAAUUUAAUCUAUUACUUUUUUGAAUUAUAAUUCAUUUAUUAACUACAACUUAAAGAUAAAUACAAAGAGUAAUAACAUUUAAACAGAAGAAAAUGA